AUGAUCUGCUUCAUUUUAAGGUGUUUUUUAUGGUUUCCUCAAGUGAGAGGUGAAGAAGGAUGUCUCAACACUGAACUCUGUUCAGGUAUGGAGUGGGACCGCUUGUGGUAUAUCUGGCUAGCAGUGGCAAUCAGUGGGCUGCUGCUCCUGUGUGGCCUGGUUUCCAUCUGCAUGAGAUGCUGUUUUCAUUGUCAUCAGACAGGGGAGGAAUCGAGUCCUCAGCCCUAUGAGGUCACCGUCAUUGCUUUUGAUCAUGACAGCACCCUCCAGAGCACCAUUACCUCUCUCCAUUCUGUGUUUGGGCCUGCUGCCAGGAGGAUAUUAGCAGUGGCACGCUCCCAUAACGCUGCACAGGGAACGCCACCCCUCUCGACAUCAGACACUCCUCCAGUCUAUGAAGAAGCUCUGCACAUGAGUAGAUUCACAGUCGCCAAGACAGGGCAGAAAGUGCCAGACCUGGAUCCAGUGCCAGAGGAAAAACUGCAGGUAUCUGCUGAAGGCAAGGAUUCCCAGCCAGCCCUCCCAGGAUACUAG